AUGAGUUCCUAUUUUGUAAACUCAACUUUUCCCGUGUCUCUACCGGGAGGACAGGACUCUCUCCUGGGUCAGAUACCGUUAUAUUCCUCGGGAUACACCGAUCCGUUAAGACACUACUCCAGCGCGGCCACAUAUGGAGCGGCCAACAUGCAGGACAAGGUUUACCCGGCGUCCUACUACCAGCAGACGGGCGCGGCGGCGGCCGCGGCCAUCUACGGGAGGGCCGGCGGCGGCGGCGGCGGCGGCGGCGCGCCCUGCGACUACAACCACGUCGGGACUUUCUACAAGGACGCGGAGGGCUCGUGCGCCUUCUCGAGCCGCGACGACCCGCCGCUGUUCGUCACUCAGGAGCAGCGCAAAGCGGAGUGCCCGGAGCAGCCCGUCAGCAUGGGCGGCAGCCUGGACGACAAGUCCUCCACGCUCAUCUACCCGUGGAUGCAGCGGAUGAACGCCUGCUCCGCCGGUCCAUUUGGCAACAGUGGCCGGCGGGGCCGACAGACCUACACCCGGUACCAGACCCUGGAGCUGGAGAAGGAGUUCCACUUCAACCGCUACCUGACCAGGAGGCGCCGGAUAGAGAUCUCGCACGCGCUGUGUCUCACGGAGAGGCAGAUCAAGAUCUGGUUCCAGAACCGCAGGAUGAAGUGGAAAAAGGAGAACAAGCUCCUCAACCCCUCAAAGACACCCGAGGAGGAGGAGGAGGAGCAGGCGGAGAAAAAGAGCUAA